AAGACAGGACAGAGAAAGGGAGAAGGGGACGGGGACGGCCAUGUCCCAGCCCACCCCAGCCCCACUCCUCACACACACGGUAGUGUCCUCGCCGGGAGCCGCAUCAGCACCAUCAUCAACAUCUUGCUGGAGGUGGGCAAUGCGCUCCACCCCAGCAUCGAGUACCUGCACAUCCCUGUGCCUGAUGUCCUCAUCGCCUGCAUCUCCGCCCGCUUCGACACCGUCACCGACAGGAUCCACAGCGUGGGCAGCGGGCAGCGGGGCAGUGGGGUCCGAACGCUGCUGCACUGCGUGGCUGGGGUGAGCUGCUCGGUCACCAUCUGCAUGGCCUACCUCAUGAAGCACCACGCCAUGUCGCUGGUCAGAGCCCACGCCUGGGUCAGGUCCUGCUGGCCCAUCAUUUGGCCCAGCAACGGCUUCUGGCAGCAGCUCAUCCAGUACGAGUAAGAGCUCUUCGGUGUCAACACCGUCCGCACGGUCCGCUCGCCCCUGGGGCUGAUACCCAACGUUUACAAAACCAAAGUGAAGAUGCUGCUGCUGUGCCGAGCGCAGCCUGGCUGCUGGGACGGCUUGCCUGGGAACCGAGGGGAAGCUCUGCACCAGAGCUCUGAAAUAAACUCCUGUUAUCCAAGAGGGUUGUGGCGUGGACUCUGUGCUGCUAAAGCAACCCGAAUUCCGGUCAUCUGCUGCAUUUCAGAGAGGCCGGGAAGCGUGCAAAGUCAAGCGCUAGGAGAGACUUAA